AUGCCAGCCCCGCUGGAGACCUGCCUCUCCGACCUCGACUGCGCCAGCAACAACAGCAGCAGCGACCUGUCCGGCUUCCUCACCGACGAGGAGGACUGUGUCAGGCUCCAAUUGCCUGUCUCCACCUCGGGGCCGCCCGCGCCGGCCCGCAGGGGCGCACCUGGGAUCUCUGGGACGUCAGAUGUUCCAGGGGCGCAGGACGAGGAGCAGGAGCGGCGGCGGCGCAGGGGCCGUGGGCGAGUGCGCUCCGAGGCGCUGCUACAUUCGCUACGAAGGAGCCGGCGCGUCAAGGCCAAUGAUCGCGAGCGCAACCGCAUGCACAAUUUGAACGCCGCGCUGGACGCGCUGCGUAGUGUGCUGCCCUCCUUCCCCGAUGACACCAAGCUCACAAAGAUCGAGACGCUGCGCUUCGCCUACAACUACAUCUGGGCUCUGGCCGAGACACUGCGCCUGGCCGAUCAAGGACUGCCCGGGGGCGCUGCCCGGGAGCGCCUCCUACCUCCUCAGUGUGCCCCCUGCCUGCCCGGACCCCCGAGCCCAGCCAGCGAUGCCGAGUCCUGGGGCUCCGGUACCGCGGCCUCCCCGUGCGCCGCCGCCACCUCACCACUCUCUGACCCCAGUAGCCCCGCGGCCUCCGAAGAUUUCGCAUAUGGCCCCGGCGAUCCCCUUUUCUCCUUCCCUGGCCUGCCCAAAGACUUGCUCCACACGACGCCGUGUUUCAUUCCUUACCACUAG